UGUCCGGCCAUAUAUCUCUCUCUAUAUCUAUCUUCGCCCCAGAUCCAUCCAUUUUAGCUUCUGUGUUCAUCAACGCCAUGGAGGAGAAUAAUAAUAAUAAUGGUGCCAAGAAGUUUAUCACCACAGAGGAGCUGAAAAAUCAUAACAAACCCGGGGAUCUAUGGGUGUCGAUUCACGGCAAGGUGUACGAUGUUUCCGAGUGGGUGUAUCGCCAUCCCGGCGGCGAGUAUCCUCUCCUGAGCCUCGCCGGCCAGGACGUGACCGAUGCGUUCCUGGCCUAUCACCCCGCUAUCGCCGCCCACCAUUUGCAGAGGUUUUUUAACGGGUAUUACGUCUCCGACCACCACGUGUCGGAGGUGUCGAAGGAUUAUAGGAUGCUGGUUUCGGAGUUUUCCAGGAUGGGAAUGUUCGAGAAGAAGGGGCAUUUGGUGAUGUGCUACGCGUGCGCGCUGACGGCGAUGAUGGCCGUUAGUUUUUACGGCGUGGUUUGUACGGAGAGUUUGUGGGUCCACAUGGGGUGUGCGGUUAUGGUUGGAUUCUUAUGGAUCCAGGCCGGGUGGGUGGGUCAUGAUUCUGGUCAUUAUGACAUAAUGAAAACGCGGAAACUCAGCCGCGCGGCUCAGGUUCUCGCCGGAAACUGCCUCACCGGGGUGAGUAUUUGGUGGUGGCGAUGGAACCAUAACGCCCACCACAUUGCAUGCAACGUCAUAGAUUACGAUCCCGACGUUCAACUCCUCCCGAUUUUCGCGUUCUCAUCCAAAUUUUUCCAAUCUUCAUUGAUCUCCCAGUUUUACGAGAAACCCAUGUCAUUCAAUUCCCUAGCUAGAUUCCUAGUCAGUUAUCAACACUGGACAUUUUAUCCAGUGAUGCUCUUAAUCGCGCGAAUCAACAUGUUUAUACAGUCCUGGAAAACGGUUUUGUUCAAGAAAAAAAUCUUCGCGAAUCGCGGAGAGGAAAUUCUAGGGUUAAUCAUUUUCUGGAUUUGGUACCCGUUUCUUCUCUUCUGUCUCCCCAAUCACUCCGAGAGAAUAAUGUUUGUUGUUCUCAGCCUCAUGAUGACCGGAGUGCAGCAAAUUCAAUUCAGCCUAAACCAUCUCGCCUCUAGCUUCUUCGCCGGCCCGCUCACCGGAAAAGACUGGGUGGAGAAGCAGAUCGACGGGACGCUCGACAUAGAUUGUUCCCCCUGGAUGGAUUGGUUCCACGGCGGAUUACAAUUCCAGAUUGAACACCACCUGUUCCCGAGAAUGCCGAGGUGCCAAUUGAGAAAAGUGUCGCCGUUUGUUAAACAGCUCUGCGAGAAGCACGGAAUAGCGUAUAAUCAUGAAUCGUUCUGGGCGGCGAAUGUUUUGAUGUUUAAGUCGAUCCGAGAUGCGGCGAUGAUGGCGAGGGAUUUGUCGCCGGAGAAGGCGCCCAAGAAUUUGGUCUGGGAAGCGUUAAACAGCUUCGGUUAACGGCGUCAGGUGUCGCCGGUCGCCGGCGGGAGAUCCGUUAACGUUUUUAUUUUGUUUUGUUUUAUUAUUUUUAUUUAUUUAUUGUGUUUUUUUUUUGUUCUGCACCCUGUUCCAUGCAUAUCUGCAAAAUAUCAGAUCAUAGUAAUAUUUAAAUAACCAAAUAUCGAUGCAUUGAAAUUUGUGUAAAACCCUAAAUAAUAAGGUUAUAAAAGUAUCAAUUGUAUUGUUUAAUUAAUAUAUUAUCAAAUUUUUA